AUGGAUGGUAUUGCUUCCUACACAAUCACGGAAAGCCAACAAGCAUUUUGGGGACCUUCAACUCUCUCGGGCUCUUCUGAGUUUGCUGACUAUGCUUCCAUUGUCUCUGAGACCCAGAAUCCUCGUUCAGGCCAAUCCGGUGUGGACAAUGUCGAUACCUCUGUCACUUCAGAACCGCUCCCUGGCAUGGCCCUCGAUUCUCUUGCAUUGGAUGACCUUCCGAGCCUCUCCUUUUAUGCGUUUGAUUUCCCCUCAUCCCUCCUAUAUCCCUCAACAAACAUACCGAGGAACUACCUGACAUCUGCGUUGUCUCCCCCCCUACAGACUAGUCCAGAAGUGACGCAGUUCGAGGAGUCAACGAGGGAACCAUCUUUCCAACAAAUUCAUGAUCAUGUUGUGCCGUCGAAACCUUACGCAUUCCCAGAUGUCCAGUCCGAUCAACUACAGGCGUUGUACAACGGGAUCUACUGUCACAUACACCAUACGAAGCUACUGCAGCAAGCCCAUCAGAAGGCGUCCGAGUUCUUUUACUCUAUUCACGACAAUCAAGAACCGACUGGUGCAUUGGUGUCUAGGUUUUUACCCUUCCCGGCUUUCAAUGCGUUCAUACAAUUAUACUUUGAGCAUUUCCACCCACACUGGCCUUUCAUCCACCCCUCAACCCUCUCACAACCAGGCACAUCCUGGAUUCUUCAUAUAGGGAUAGCUGCUGUUGGCGCACGAUAUGUCACCGCAGACACCAUGGACCAGUAUAUGUCGGCCAUGCUGGUUCUCCAUCGUGAUGCUAUCCUACGAAACAUCAGCGACCGAAGUCACCGCAAGAAGGAGAGCUGA